GACGUCGCGGUGUCUUUUUUUAAAUAUAAUUUUAUUUUACAAUUUAUUUACUUAUUUAUUUGUUAAAGUAAUUGCUAGUUGUAAUGGCGUUCUCUCAGUCACUAGACCUGGACGAGAGCGCCUUGCGUGAGCUGGAACAACAUUUGGUUGUUGCGCCGCCAGCAGCUGCAGCCGGGCUGCCAAAAGUCAACUCAAGCCGGGACCAUUUUUCCGAGUAUUUUCAGGACGAAUUUUCCUAUGUGUCAAAUCUGGCAGAUAAUAAGGAGGCCACGUCGAUUUUUGACGGCCAGAUUUGCAUCGAUGACAUAUGCUCUGAAGCUGAGGAGCCGAAUAAUCUGGAUCAGAGCAGCUUUUUGUGUCCCGUCAAAGACCAGGAGUCCUCCAGGCAGUUUGUGGAGGAUUUACAGUUUAGCCGCACAAUGGCCAUGACAGAAGCAGCCGGGGAAACUACUAUGAUAACACAGAAUCUUAGCAAAAUGUCGCCCAAUCAGCUGCAGCUGUCGCCGACCCAGCGAAACGCAAGCAUCCGCGAGGCAAGCAUCCGCGAGGCAGUCAGUGAAAGCAGCCUUGUACCCGUGGACUUGGAAGCACUCAAGUCGCUCGCUGCAUGGAAUCUGCCACACAGUAUCCUGUCCGAGUACAAGAGGAAGGGCGUUGUGCAAAUGUUUGACUGGCAGGCCGAGUGCCUGAGCAAGCCGCGCGUCGUCUUUGAGCAUUGCAAUCUGGUCUACUCGGCGCCCACGUCGGCGGGCAAGACGCUCGUCAGUGAGAUUCUACUGCUGAAAACGGUUCUGGAACGGAACAAGAAGGUGCUGCUCAUUCUGCCCUUCAUCUCGGUGGUGCGCGAGAAGACAUUCUACCUGCAGGAUCUGCUGACGCCCGCUGGCUACCGUGUGGAGGGAUUCUUCGGCGGCUACACACCACCCGGUGGCUUUGACAGCAUAAAUGUCGCGAUUUGCACGAUUGAAAAGGCCAAUUCCAUAGUCAACAAGCUGCUGGAGCAGGGCAAGUUGGAUGUCAUUGGCUGCGUGGUGGUGGAUGAAGUGCAUCUCAUAUCGGAGAAGGGUCGCGGCUACAUUCUGGAGCUCUUGCUGGCCAAGAUCCUGUACAUGUCGCGCAAGAAUGCCCUGCAGAUCCAAGUGAUUACCAUGUCGGCCACGCUGGCCAAUGUGGAACUCCUCCGUCGCUGGCUGGACGCCGAAUUGUACAUCACUAACUAUCGUCCAGUGGCGCUGCUGGAGAUGAUCAAAGUGGGCACCAAAAUCUAUGACCAGCACCUGGAAUUUCAGCGUGAUGUGUCCAAGGAGUCGUUGGUGCCAUGCCUGAGCAACGAUCCGGAUCAUGUGGCCCAGCUGUGCAUCGAAACACUGCUCGAGGGCUGCUCCGUCAUUGUGUUCUGCCCAUCGAGGGACUGGUGCGAGAGCCUUGCCGUGCAGCUGGCCACAGCCAUUCGCGGUCUCCUUCAAUCCGGCACUGAACUGAGCGGACGCCUUCGUUCCAAUCUCAAUCCAGAGGCCAUUAAAGAUGUGAAGCAGCAGCUGAGGGAGAUUCCCACAGGACUCGAUGACACCAUGGCCAAGGCCGUUACCUAUGCCUGCGCCUUCCACCAUGCCGGACUAACCACAGAAGAGCGCGACAUUGUUGAGGCCUGCUUCAAGGCUGGCGCCCUGAAGGUUCUCGUGGCCACAAGCACACUCAGUUCGGGUGUCAAUCUGCCCGCGCGACGCGUCAUCAUACGCUCCCCGCUCUUUGGCAAGAGCCAAAUGAGUUCGCUCACGUAUCGCCAGAUGAUCGGACGAGCUGGACGCACGGGCAAGGAUACGCUGGGCGAGUCCAUACUGAUUUGCACGGAAUCGAAUCAAAGGGUGGGCAGGGAAUUGGUCCAAGCGCAGCUGCAACCCAUUUCUUCGUGUCUUGGAAUGGAUGAGAGCACGCAUCUAAAACGCGCGCUGCUGGAGGUUAUAUCUUCUGGUGUGGCCAGCACCAGACAGGAAAUUGAAAGCUUCGUCAACUGCACUCUGCUGAGUGCUGAAAAGGCCAUGGCCAAGCAGUCCGAAGAGCAACAGGAGCAGGAGCAGGACUCCGACUCGCAAUUCAUUGCCGAAGCACUGGACUUUCUCAUUGAAUACGAGUUCAUUCGCCAUCAAGUGGAUGAGGAUGUUGGGACAGCGAACUAUGUGGCCACUCGGCUGGGAUCCGCCUGUUUGGCUUCGUCCAUGCCGCCCGCCGAUGGCCUCAUUCUGUUUGCAGAGCUGCAGAAAUCAAGACGCUCCUUUGUGCUGGAGACUGACCUGCAUGCGGUGUACCUUGUGACUCCCUACUCAGUGUGCUACCAGCUGCAGGAUCUCGACUGGCUGCUGUACCUCGACAUGUGGGAGAAGCUCAGUCCAUCGAUGAAGAAAGUGGGCGAGCUGGUGGGCGUCAAGGAGGCGUUCCUCAUAAAGGCAAUGCGAGGCCAAAGCAAGCUCCUCGACAAUAAGCAGAUGCAAAUACACAAGCGCUUCUACACGGCUCUGGCCCUGCAAGAACUAGUCAAUGAGACGCCCAUCAAUGUGGUGGCCCACAAGUUCAAGUGCAAUCGCGGUGUGCUGCAGGGACUGCAGCAAAUUUCCUCAACUUUUGCCGGCAUUGUGACGGCCUUUUGCACUUCGCUGCAGUGGUCCAACAUCGCCCUGAUUGUGUCGCAGUUCAAGGACAGACUGUUCUUUGGCAUACACAGAGAUCUCAUUGAUCUGAUGCGGCUGCCAGACCUCUCACAGAAGCGUGCGCGUGCCGUCUAUGAUGCUGGCUUUACCAGCGUCGUGGAAUUAGCUAGUGCCGAUGCUCUCGUGCUCGAGAAAGUCCUUUACAACUCUCUCAGCUUUGACUCGGCCAAGCAGCACGACCACGAAAAUUCCCACGAGGCGGCCAAGCGGAAUAUGAUUAGAAAUGUCUUCAUUACCGGCAAGGCGGGCAUGACUGUGGCAGAGGCUGCCAAGCUGCUGAUUGAUCAGGCGCAAAAACAUCUGCAGCAUGAGAUUGGAGUGGGCAGCAUUAAGUGGUCACAGAAUCGAAUGGAGAACAAGUCAGCAGAUAGCGGCAUGGAGGUGGAGUUGCACAUGUCGCUGGAGGAAGAGCAAGCGCAGCAAAUGCGGCAAACUAAACGAAAAUCGACAGGCGAAGAAGAAGGAAAUGUAACGCCACCGAAGAUAACGAAAGUGACUCCCCCGGGAGUCGUCAACGUUACCAAAAACACGACACAAAAACCGAUAGAGAAGCCCAAGACAAUGGCAGAAGAGAAAGGAUCAGUAAAUGCUACAAAAGUGACGCCAAAGAAAACUGUAGAUCCGAGCAAGGACGUGCCACAGAGUGCAACAGCCGCUGCCCAUUCCGAUACCCACAAAGCUAAGAUCAUCCCAAAGGGAGUCCCCACAGAGGUACUGAAAGAAAACUUAAAUCCCAAAAAAGUACAAAGAGAAACCCCCAAAACGAACGUGAAAUCCCCACAAACCCAAGACAAACAAUAUGAGAAUACUCCCAUGAUGACACGACGGAAAUCAUUAGAACUGAAUAAGUUAAAGGCGCUGCAGCCAGUACCUGUCGCCUCAACGAACACACCAAAAACUAACAACAUGCCAAAGGCAGCAACAAACGCUUCCCAUUUGGGUACGCAAAAAACUAGCAAUAUCCCGAAAGGAGUCCCCACUGAGGUACUGAAAGAAAACUUAAAUCCCAACAAAGUACAAAACCAAACAGCCAAAACGAACGCGAAAUCCCCUCAAACCAAGGACACUCAAUCUGUAAAUACUCCGCGACUGACACAACGCAAAACAUCAGAAAUCCUUGAGCAAAAGGUAGUGAAGCCAGCAUCUGUCGCCUCAAAGAACACAUCAAAAACUAGCAACAUCCCAACGGCAGUGAGCCCCGGAGUGCUGCGGGAAAACUCGUAUCGUGUGCCUCAUCAAAAAGUGCAAAAUGAAACACCCAAUAAAUCUAUGCGCCCCGAGCGUGGGAUAGACAAUCGAUCAGCAGAUACACGACGUACAGCAAAGGAUUACUUAGAAGAAAGAUCCCCAAGGAGCAGUUGUGUGCCCGAAAAGCGGACGAUGCCACGUCGGUGUACAGUGGAUUUCAAUGGCCAAAAGGAAAAUAGAAAUUAUUCUCCGCCCAGCACAAGUAAAGCUCAACGCGAAGAGCUACAGAAAAAACAAACUGAGGAGAACCGUCGCAUUGCACUCAUGAAGUUAAACCAGAGACGAGACAAGCUGCAGGCCGCGCAGACGACUCCCCUUGUAAAUGGAAAGCUGCGCGCUGUAAUAAGCAGCAGGGAUCCACGUUUGAAUAGAGUUUAUGACACUCAAAUUGCGACCCAAAAAGCACAGUCCCCCGCUAUCAAACCAUCCUUUGUGGAGGAGGAUAUCUUUAUGGGCGACGAUUCCUUUCUGAUGAGCACUGGUGUGACUGCUGCUCUCACAGCCGCUGAGUGUAAGCAAACUGUUGUUCCCACUUCGAACUCGGAGGCGGAUGAGAUACCCAGCUCGCAACCGAGGGAGGAGGAAGGCACACAUGCCUCAUCACCGCAUAGUUCCAGGUUCAUUCGUUCGAUGCGCUCGCAGCGCUUGCAAAGUCCAAGAUCAAUGGCAAGUUCUAGUGGGACAGCAAGAAGCACGCCGAGCUCUGGAUCAUUUUUAAGUUCAGCUAAGAUCUCGCCACAUGUGCCAACGAUUGUCCCAACGAAUGGAACCUCCCACGCGGAACUCUCCGAAGUGUCCAACGGCGCUGGGAUGGUCUCGACUGAGCUUCAACUUUCCAACAUGACCCUGGAAAACUCUUUGCUGAAGCAUCCCGAACAGCUGAAUGCCUCGCACAUCCUCAGCUACUCGGAAGCGGAUGACAAAGCGCUUAGCUUAGACAGAAUUGAGAUAACCGACAUUUGCGGCAAUCGUGAGUUGUUCCAAUUGGCGCUCAACGAACUGCAGGCUGCCUCGCGCUGUGGCUUCAGUGUAUGCCUUCAAGCGCAGGCGGGCAAGGCAAAGCCACUGAUCGGAGCCAAUCUGCUGAUCAAUCAGUUGGCAGCGGCCAAGCAGCGUGAAGCAGCUGCAGGCAAACCGGCGCUCUUCCAGGUGGAUGAUGGCAGAUUCAUAGCAGGCGUGGCAUUCUGCCUAGCCGACAAUGUUGUCUACUAUAUGUGCAUGCAGGAGGAGGGCACUGAAAUCCCCACCAGCCUCAAAGUGCAGGAGCUGUGCCAGUUAUUGAAUCGCCCAGAACUCUCGCUCCUCGUGCAUGAUGCUAAGGAACAGAUGAAAGCGUUGUUCCAUGGCGUGCCUGAGCUGCACAACAUCGCAGCUAAGGUGGAGGAUCCCAAGGUGGCCAACUGGCUGCUGCAGCCGGAAAUCUCAAUCAGCUUUAAAAAUAUGUGCCAGCAGUUUGCGCCCGAGUGCACGGCUCUGGUCGAGCUCUGUGGCAGCGGGCGCGGCUACAGCAGCCAUGGACUUGAUACCUCCAGCGCCAUACUGCCCAAGUUGCGUGCAUCAAUAGAGGCCUGCGUCACCGUGCACAUACUCAAAGGGCAGCUGGAGGUUCUGGAGAGAACUGGUCAACUGGCAAGCAGCUUCAGAGACGUGGAAAUGCCCAUUCAACUUGUACUCUGCAAAAUGGAAUGCUACGGCUUUCCGGCCAAGCAGCAACGCAUGACCAGGCUGGUGAAAUACAUGCUGGACAGUUUGAAGAAGGUGGAAAAGAAGAUCUAUGCCAUGCAUGGCUCGUACUUCAAUUUGGGCUCCACGCAGGCCGUUGCCAACGUGCUGGGACUUCACAAGAAGCCAACCGGUCGCGUGAGCACUUCUCGUCAAGUUCUGGAGAAGCUGGGCUCGCCCAUAUCCGAGCUAAUACUCGAUCAUCGAAAGUUGAGCAUGCAAAUAGACAAGUGCAUGCAGCCGCUGAUUAAAUGCUGCGUCGCAAAUCGAAUCCAUGGCCACAGCAUAACUUACACAGCCACGGGACGCAUAUCCAUGAGUGAGCCAAAUCUGCAGAAUGUGGCCAAGGAUUUUGACAUUCGAAUGGGAUCGGAAGUGGUGCUUAUUUCCCCUCGAUCAGUGUUCAAGUGCAUUGACGAGAAGCGCUGCCUGCUAUCCGCGGACUACUGUCAGUUGGAGAUGCGCAUUUUGGCACAUUUAUCGGAGGACAAAGCUCUGGUUUCGGUGAUGAACUCACCGCAGGAUCUAUUUACGGCCAUUGCUGCCCACUGGAACAAAAUAUCGGAGGCAGAAGUCACCGAAAAAAUGCGCAGCGGCACCAAGCAGAUUUGCUAUGGAAUUGUUUAUGGCAUGGGCAUGCGGAGCUUGGCCGAUGCUCUGCAAUGCACAGAGUCGGAGGCGCAACUGACAUGUGAGCAGUUCCACCAGGCCCAUCCAGACAUCAGAGCAUACACGGACAAAGUGCUGAGGUUCGCCCGAGCAGAGGGCUUUGUGGAGACCAUAACGGGUCGAAGGCGUCACCUCGACCACAUCAAAAGUGGCGAACAAAAUCUAAUAAAGCAAGCCGAACGACAGGCCAUAAAUACAACCAUCCAAGGAUCAGCGGCGGACAUUGCCAAGAAGGCAAUGCUGGACAUGGAGAAGAACGUCGGUCGUUACUGGGAUAAGCUCGGUGUGGAGGAGAAUUCCAUCAAAUUGGUUCUACACAUUCACGAUGAACUGAUCUAUGAGGUACCCGAAGCCAAGGCCAAGAAAAUUGCCAAACUUCUCCGUCUGACCAUGGAGAACGUUGGCAAAGGGAAGCUGAGUGUGCCGCUGAAGGUCAAAGUUAAAAUGGGUCCAAGUUGGGGGGAAAUGCAAACAAUUCAAUGACGCAUACAAAGGUUGUGAUUAUUUAAGGUUUUUUGCCUGUUUAUAGAAAUUGUAAAUUAAUAAAUUGUAUUCAUAUUUA